CUCGGGUAGCCUGUUAUACUAUAUGAGGGAUAAGAUCUCAACAUGGUUAGUCAAGCAAAAAACAUAAUGUAAAAAGGUAGAUUUUUGCUGUACACUACAAUUGACUCCAUAAUGAAUAAUAGUUUGAGAUCGAAUUUUUUUACUGGAAUUUGUAUCUGAAUGCAAGCCUCGUUUAAAAAAAAAAGAAAUGAUUGGCAAGGAAAAAAUUCUAAUUAAGCACACAUUUUCAAUAGCACACCAUAUGUAGUAAACACGCUAAUGUAAUCCAUGAUUAACUGUUGAAUACUAUUUUGAUGGUUAAUAAAACUUUAGAAAAAGCAAUGGAAUUCUGCAAAGCUUAAAAAAAAUACUUGAAGAAAAGAAAAAAAAAAGGUUGUUUUCAUUGACUACGUACCACACUACCGUCCUUCAUAUAACAAGUAUAUCGAUACGCUGCUAAAAUGUGUUGAUCGUAUUGUUUCAAACAAGUCCAUUGUUGAACGGUAAUAUAAUCAUACAGGACGGAUAUAUACAUUACUAUUUGUUUAAUGUUUUAUCUGAUAUCUAAUGCACACGAACACAUCUGUAUAAGGAAGAUAUGACGGCGGACUAAAAUAUAUUAGUUUAAAAUAAAUUCAGAUAUCCGAUUACAGCCGCAUGCGGAAAUAAAUCUAAAAUUUCUGUGCGCAUUUUAGUGUACAUUUGGAUUGUUUGUGUUGUUACAAAUAGACACCCUUAAUAUUCAGUAACUCUACUAGUUUACUUGAGGAAAAGGGGACAAUGUCAGCAGUCUGUGGCUAGAAGAAUCGAAUGGCACUAUUUCCUAUAGUAUGAGGGUUUUAAGCCGAUCAAAGCAAACAUAACUGAUCCAAGGAGUGCGGGUGCAAAUAUGGAAAUAAACGUCGCAACGACAAUAAAGUUGGACCACUUAUUGAAAUAACGGAUUAACAAACUAUUGUAUAGAGAAUUGUCGAUCUAACCUGUCGUAUUAUAAACUAACAGGCCAGAUCAUGACAGCAAAUAUUUCAAUAAAUCAAUGAAGAUUUAUUUAUAAGUUAAAUAUUAUGGAGAUAUAGUGGAACAUAUUUUUAACGUUCGCAUUGAAAAUGCGUUUUCAUCUCAAGAAAACGUUAACAUGGACUAUGUCAAUUAUGUGUUUCGUGUUGUUAGUGUUGUUUCAUUUCUCCGACAGACCUUUAAAGGUACCAGGAGAUAGGACUCGACAAUGGGCGCAGAAUGUCGACUACCCAAUAGACCAAGACAAGCGGAAUUUGAAAACGAAGCAUGAUCUCACUACAGAAGCGGCUUACGUCAGGAACGUAACCGCUGCAUAUCACGUUAACGUCACACAGUCGCUUAGACUCAGUCCUACAGUUCUGUGGCCUGAUAAAGAAUUUUUCGAUGAUGAUAGAAUAGUUAAUCAAUUAAAAUAUAAGGUGAAGUGGUUGAAUGAAACGGAACCUCCGUUAAAGAAAAUUCUACUUUACACAGGAUUUGGUGGCUGGCAGGUUAAAAGGGGUCGACAAACAUUUAUAGACCAAAAGUGCAAUGUGAAUGCAUGCGAAUUAAUAGACCAGCGUCCAGCUGCCAAAACCGCGGAUGCUGUCCUGUUUAAUGCUAGUCCUCAAAGGCCCUGGACUGAAAGGCCAUUAAAUCAAAUAUGGAUUUUAUUUAUGCUCGAGUCGCCUUACCACACUCCAGGAUUAAGUGCCUUUAGUAAAGUUUUUAAUUGGACCGCCACCUAUCGGCAUGACUCCGAUAUUGUUGCUCCGUACGAAAAAUUCGUGCGUUAUAACGAAGAUGUUAAAUUUCUUCCACAAAAUAAAAGUUACGCUGCAGGAAAAACUAAAAAAGUGGCGUGGUUUGUUUCAAACUGUGGCGCUAGAAAUACACGUCGGGAAUAUGCAAAAGAAUUACAGAAAUAUAUAUCAGUAGACAUUUAUGGACAUUGUGGUUCAAUGCAAUGCCCUAGAAAGAACAAAAAGUGCUUUGAAAUGCUCAAUACAGACUACAAAUUUUAUCUCUCAUUUGAGAAUUCGAACUGCAGGGAUUAUAUUACAGAAAAGUUUUUCGUCACGGGUCUUCAGCAUGAUGUGAUUCCAAUUGUGAUGGGUGGGGCUCCUGAAGACUAUACACGUGCCGCCCCGCCUCAUUCAUUUAUACAUGUGGACGAUUUCCAAUCGCCAGAACAACUUGCUCAGUAUCUGCACAAAUUGGACCAAAAUGAUGAUCUGUAUAAUGAAUAUUUCCGUUGGAAAGGAACGGGAACUUUUAUCAACACUUAUUUUUGGUGCCGUGUGUGCGCCAUGUUGCACGAGACUUCCCGAGAAUCUCACGCUUACCGUGAUUUAGAGAAAUGGUGGCGGGGAGAAGGUGUCUGCAUAGGAAAAGACAACUGGCGACAGCGACAGCGUACCUCAAAACAAAUUAUAGAGGAUUAUUUAGUAUAGCACAAAAGUCCCUAGAGCGUUAUUUUUAUGCAUAUUUUUUAAAAAUUGAGGCAUGGGUUUUUUAAAAGUUAUUUUAUUGAAGUAUUUCUAAACAGCAUUUUGUUAUAUGGUUGUUAUAAACUUCAUUUAUUGUGUGAAAGUCCGUGUUUGCUCAUUUUAGCCCUUUAGCUUACAACAUUCCAUACUAUUGUGAUAACUUUAUUUAAUGUAUAUGUGAUUAUCAGAAUUGUUUUAUUUAUUAAAUUAAGCUGACAUUCUAAUAUUUUAUUCAAUCACUGCUUCACUGUUGGUGUUCUACUAUCCGCCGAAGGAGAGUCUUGAAUGAAAAGUACGUGCAUGCUGCAUAUCAUUGUCAUCCUAUUCAUUACACACUCAUUUAUACACUGUGUGUAUAACGUAUAUUAAAAAGCUGAGUGAUUUGAAACACAUCUUUUUUGCUGCGUCAUCUUAGGUGUUUAAAGAUCCUAUACACCUAUACAAGGCAAAGUCACACAAUAUUUUCAAUUUUAAAUUCUGGAGAAAAGUAGCUGUUAUGAAAAUGGAAACUUUUGGCAGAAUCACUAUCCGUAAAUCAUUUCUGUCAUAUUUUACAAAGCCUUACUUGUUAAAGGGAGAUAAUUAGGCCAUCAAAAUCUAUUACGAGAUCUGUUUCAGAUUCUGACUACUUGCCAAACAAAAGCCAAAAAUCACAAAGAUACUGAUAAGAUAAAAAAAGCUUCAUUUACAUAUUUCAUUUUGUGCAGCACGUUAUUAAGCAAUAGCAAGAGUCUUUAAAUGCCGAAUAUUUGGGACCAUUUUUGAUAAAUUUAUGACAAAACAAAUUUUCACUGUUCAUGGCAAUACAAAAAAAAACAGCAAUUAUUUUUAAAAAUGUAUUUUUAACUUUUUGUUAUUUCAAAACUGUAGUAUUUUUUAGUGUUUGUGUGAUAUUUGAUUUAUUUUACAUGAAUGGAGAAGGUUUACUUAGCUUUUUGAAACAAUUGUGUUUAUGUACAUGUGUUCAUUAAACUUGUUUUCAGAUAAGACAGACAUGUUGGCGGAUGUUCAAUAUUUCUCCAGACUGCGUUUUUCCUACUCUUCGGAGAUUGAGUAAUUUUAAUUCGAUGAUCACCAAUCGCAGAUGUAGUUAUUUUAGAGAAAAUACUUGAUAUGUUUUUGAUACAAACAAACAGCUGUUCUCCUAGCAGCGAAUUUUGGUAUAUCGUUACCUAGCCUUACUCAUUUGGCUUAUCGGGAUGACAUAUUUAAUUAUCUGAUAUUUUUUGGUUGUCAUCCCUCUGAGGGAUGAAGGGACGGCGACAGUCAAAAGUUAUCACGCGGUCCCUAAACGUCCUAUUAUUUGGACUAAUCGUUAGCAAAGAUAUCUUUUAAGCAGUUAUACAUUUUAUUGUAUUCCACUAGAACAACGCUGCGGGCCUUGAAAAGGCAACACAGUGGAUUGAUAUAUGAUUUCUGCCCAUCUGUUGUUUGUUUGUUUUUGUUUUGUUGUUGUUGUUUUUUUUUGUUUGAUAGAAACUAUGAGAUUUCAAGACAGGUACGUGCACGUGUACAUGUAAAACAUCAUUACAUUUUUAUUUUAAGCUUUGUGAAAAUUAUCUAAAAUGGAAAUCCAGUUGUUUACAAGAAAUGUAUUUACACGUUUUAAUGUUCGGAUGUAAUCUUACAUGAACAUUUUGAAAAAUAUGCGGCUAAGUUGUGAUAAAGUUUUAGAAUUUGUCGUCAGAUUAUCGCAAGCAUCAUCCACCACAAUACAAAUUGCUGUAUUACAUAUUUCAAAUUGGUAAUUACAAACUUCUUGCGCCCAGGCUGCCAUGUGGCUAAACUGAAUGUUGCAACUCUGAAAUAACAUCGCUUAUUUAAAAUAUAAAUGUGGUAUAAUAAUAAUAAUAAUUAUGCUUAACGAAACUAUCUAAAUUACAUAAUUACAUUCUAAAUGUGACAUGACAUUCUUAAUGUGACAUUACGUUGUAAAUAAUGAAUGGUAUAACCGCUUUUAUACAAGUUGCUUUAUUACAUAUUUUAAAAUGCUAAUCACACAAUGUACCUAAAUAACAACAUUUUACUUCCCUUUGGGUCGAACUCAUAAAUUUGAGUUUGCAUUUACGCAUUUGUUAUUUGGAAUGUAAUUAAGAAUGUAAUUUAGAAAGUAAUGUCAUAUCAAGAAUGUCAUGUCACAUUAAAACAUUAAGAAUGUAAUAAGAAAAUAAUUAAGAAUGCAAUUUAGAAUGUAAUGUCACAUUAAAAAUGUCAUGUCAAAUUAUGAAUUUUAUUUGGAAUGAAUGAAUGUCAUUUUAAUAAUUUCAUGUCACAUUCAUAAUUCCUUGUCAGAUAAAGCAUUUUAUGUCACAGAAAGAAUGUAAUUUAGAAUGUUAUAAAGAAUGUAAUUUGUAAUGUAAUAUCACAUUAAGAAUGUAAUUAAGAGUGCAAUUUAAUGCUGCAUGUAGUUCAGUAUUAUAGGCGUCAUUUAGAAUUGAAAUAUAACUAUUUGUAAUAGUAACUUGUAAACAACUAGUUGAUUUGUAGUAGCCUAGUUGACUAUCAUUCAAUUUAGAAACACAGAAGUUAAAAGAUGUGAUCAUUAGGUGAAUGGAAUUUUCAAUAACCAGUUAGAAAUAUACAAUUUAGCAAUUUUCUUACAAUGAUGUAAGAAAUCGGAAUUUGUGUGUAAUUCAAAUUUUUAAGUUGCAGUAUUCAGUUUAGCCACAUGAAAGAUAGAUGUCAUCUAGGGGCAUGUAACUGUAAUUACCAACUGAAAUAUGUUAUACAGCAAUUUGUACUUAGGCAAAUAAUACCCUCCAUAUCAGAUAUAAUUUGAAAUCCAGAGUACCUGGCAGUGUAUAGGUAAAAAAUGUCAAUCUGUUACUUUUUGAAUUUAAGAAACAGGUUGUGUUAUUCUUUUUAAAUGCCAAAAAAUAUGUUGUUCAUGACGUUUUAGGCUAUAUGUUUUACAACUAUUCCUUUUACUGUUUUAUCGCUCAAGUUUUAGUGUAUGGAGCUGCAUUAGUCCCGUUGUUGUGAAAAGGUAUCCACUUUACUAACAAAUGCUUCCACCAAGUCCCUUUCCUUAUGCAUUUUAUUUUGGAAUGUUACUGUACAGUCGAAGUGACUCAGCCAAUACAUUGUACAAUAAUAACAGUCAUUUUUAUGUCAGUUGAUUGCUAAUUCAGGUUAUAAACUGAACUGAAGUACUUUCGUAAAAUAUGAUAAAAAUUAUCUGAAAAAGUAAACAUUUAGCUUAAAAGAAAGGCCUUUAAUUCAUAUAUAAACAUUGUUUUUAAAGUUCUUUAAAUUCCAGCUUUACUUUACUGCAUCUAACGUAGCUUUCUUCUUUUAAAUGUUGAACUGCACCUUUUCGCCCUUUUUCUGCUUUUUGCAAAUUUGUAAUAGCCAAAUUUUUGUUUAAGGCAAUACGUGUAUAUACCUUUAUACAAUGAGCAUAUCUGGCAUUUUUUAAAACAAAAAACGUCCAAGCAGAUAUUCGCAAAGAAGCGACAUUUGUAAAGUAUUUUGCAUAUAGUUGAUUAUAUAAAAAAAAAAUCAUAUCAAAAGCAAUAGUUACUUUUCUGUUACACUGAGACUGUUUUUCCUUUCACAUUUCUCCAUUGCCAAAACAUACAAUUUAAUGUGUUUACCCGGUGCUAAAAUAUAUUCAUUCUACUAAGGGGAAAAUAAAUAUAAUUUAAAUGUUUUUGAAUUUUUUUUUUAGAAAUUCAAAUCAGCUAUAAAGCAGUUUUGGACAUCAAGUUCAAAACUCUCUAUCUGAUUGGUUGAUUCUAUUCUCAGUUUUGAAACUGACCAAUGACAAGAUUAUAUUUCUAAACCCAGUUUUAUCUUCCCCAAACCUUUCAUAGUUGGAAAACUGAUUUGGGAGAUCAGUCUCAAAGUUCAGGAUCUGAUUGGCUGUUUUUGAGUUUAAAUUUGAAAUUGACCAAUGGUAGAGCUGCAUACAGAGACUGGCUUCAAAGCUCAGCUUUAAAGGCUUGGUGCCAGAUGUCAUCUUUUUUCAAACUGUUUUCAAUGUUGUCUUUUUACCCAAGUUAUCUGGUAUUGUUCUGUUAGCAUUUUCUUUAUAAUCUUUUUACUGGAUCAGUUUGAUGUUUAUCAUAUGCAAAGUGUUUCAUGGAUAAGAAGAAGGAAUGGGUGAUAUAAUGAAACACUGUUGAUCAUGGCAAUAAGUGACAUAUUGUGUUAUGAAUACAAUACUAAGAUUUUUUAAUAAAUAUUGACUCUAUGCCUAGUCAGAGAGAUGUUGGACCCUCAGAUGUAAUAAACCCCUUAACUGUAAGAAUGUAUUUACAGAUGUGUUAUAACUAUGUCAUAAAACUUCACACUAAAAUGCCUAAAUUAUGUAUCAAAUGCAAAAAUCCUGUUAAUCUAUUUCAGCCAUCAAUGAAAUAGAAAGUCCUUUAGAUGUUAAAAAUAUUGAUACAUGUUAAAUAUGCACACAGCUUGGCUGAUAUGUGGGAUUUAAGAUGCAUUAUUACAUUUUGCAGCGUUUUGCAUUUACUGUAGAAGUUUACUAUAUUUGUGCAUUUUAAUAAAUCUAUAGGUUGUAUUACAUCAGAGGGUCAGACAUGAGACAAUCAUAUUCAAAUGGGAAAAUAUACUGGAUAUAGCAGAGCGAUAAAUAGCUAUGUGUGAUAAAUAACAUUCCUUAAAUACAAACAGUGUGUAACAGAUAAGUUGUCUUGCCAUGUUUGAAAGGACCAAUGUGCAAGACAAGUUUAUUUCACAAAAGACGUUCAGUGUCAUCUAAACACACAAAAUAUUCCAUAGUUUUGUGGAAAACUUAUUUCUUUUUUAUUUACAAAUAUAAUUUAUAUUUGAUUAACCAGUAGAGUUUAACUCUAAAGAUUCUUAAAAAUGAAUUUCAGAGAAAUUAAAAACAUGAUUAUUCAUUUUAAUGGCAUCUUUUAAAUAUUUUACAUCCCUAUCUGUGGUCGCUAUAUAUUCCACUUUGCUAUAUUUGUUGGUAAAGUGUGGUUUAAAUUGUUGAUUUUGAUCAUUGUUUAUGUUUAUUGUUUAAUGUUUAUUUUUAUGACCAAUUUCCCAAAAUAUGUGAUGGGUUAAUAAAGUUAAAAA